AUGGGAGUGUUGCGGCUGCGAGAAGGGGCCAAGCUGGAGGUGUGUGAUGGGAACGGAGGCCUUGCAUUGGCGGAGCUGCGAGGCAUCGCGCACAACAACAAAGCUUACGUGGAGACCAUGGAGAACAGGAGACAGGUGGAGUGGCAAGGGCCAAAAUGGGAGGUGGUGGCGGCCUGUUUCAGCCUGAAAGGUGGUCGCGCAGACUGGCUCGUGGAGAAGUGCACAGAGAUGGGUGCAUGGGGCCUGCGGCCCAUCCUCUCUGUGAGAUCUCCUCACCUAGGGCGGAAGCAGGUGGUCAUAGAGGUUGCAACCAUAGAUGAGGACAGCGAGGAGGAACUGGAAGAUGUGGAAACCCCAAACCAGUCCCGGCAAAAGCGGUGGCAUCGUGUGGCGCAGGCAGCCGUUAAGCAAUGCCUCAGGCAGGCCAGUCUGCCUGAUGCCAAGCCAGGGCUGCUGCUGAUCGGACCGGAGGGCGACUUCACUCCUGAGGAGCUGGAAGCGCUCAUUGCUGCUGGUGCAAAGCCUGUGGGGCUGGGCCCAAACUGGCUGAGAGUAGAGACUGCUGCGCUGGCUAUGCUUGCCGCAGCCACGCUCUGUGACCCAGACACCGUCUCGUAA